AUGGAAUAGCCCUAGAAUUUGCAAAUAUCUGAAACAACUAAUGAAGCGCUUAAAUAUACAUAGGAAUUAAGAUAGCAGAUUAAUGACAUAAGAGAAACUCUUAGUAAGAUUGUAACUUCAAAAAAGGAAGGUAACUCAAACAUUUUAGCUUAGCAAAUAGGUGAUAAAAAUUGUAUUACUUAACUUCUGAAGAUACGUUCAAUGAGAUAAAAGCAUCGUCGCAUUUAAAUAAGCAUAGAAGAGGAAAGAAAUAAAAUUAGAACUGAAAAAGAAAAAAUUGAAAAAACAAGCGUAUUUUUAUCAGGCUUAGAAUAUCUAUAGAGUACCAUAGUGAACUCUAUUUAAAGAUGUCAAUCUAUUUAAAUGGAAAACCUGUAGUAAGUUAAUAACAAGUCAAUAUUGGGAUAGUUAAAAAGAAAGCCUGUUUAAGAUUUUGUUGCUGAUGAUUUUAUUGAUCUCAAAAACGAGCUUGAAAGUGAGUUACAAAAAAGAAUUAAGAAAAAUGAAGAACAUAUUGAUAUUAGCAAAUAAUUAGUAAGUUAAAGAGAAUAAUAUGAUUCAGUAAUUAAUCAAUAUACUUAACUGUUAUCUCCUAUUUUGACAAAUUUGUCUGAAAAUUUAAAAUCAUUGAAAACAGUUUUUAGUCCUAUAACUAAUUAACCUCUUGCCUUUAAUCCAAUCUAGCACAGUCUUGCUUCCUAGCUUCCUCCUCCUCUUUAUAGCGUUUACUCUAAACUCUCUCUUCUUUUUGAUUGCAGUCCUUCAUAUUAGUCUUCUGUCGAAAUUAUUUAACAAAUCUAAAAUUAAAGCAACAACAAAAGAUAGAAUGAGUUGCAUCAUUUAGAAUUGGCAGUCACUAUCAAAGAAUAUUUACCUACCACAGUAAAUUUUAUAGACAACUUUUUAUCAAAUUACAAAAUAACUCUACAAAAACAAACAGUUGCAGAAGCAUACCCAAUAAAAUUUUACAUUAGAUUUAUUGAAAACUUGAAUACUUUAGUUAUUCAGCUAGACUCAAAGCACAUGAAAGGCAAAGAAAUCUUUUCAGGUUUAUUUUAAAAUGAUUUUGGUUCUCCUUUAAUUUUAUAUACUUAGGAUGAGUAUGAUAAAAAUUUAAAUUAGUAAUACGAAUUUUACAAUUGGCUUUAAAUACUAGGAGGAAUAAAUAAUAGGGGUAAUAGCACUGUGUAAGUUGAUGCUUAAAAUGUGUUAACUAAGAUUAAUGAGAGAUUUGUCAGUAAAAAAGUUGUAAAAAGUAUUAUCGAUGCUCUAACAUCAGGUUCAUUUUAAAUUUAUCCUUUGUUUAAGUCAUAAAAGGAGAAAAUAAAUGAAAACGAAUUACAAAAGUAUAAAUUUGAACACAAGCAAAAGUUGCAAAAUACAAAUGAUCUAGCAAACAGUUCUUAAUUUAAACAAUUAAAACCCAGCUGGCUCAAGAGAAAGCCAGAAUAGCAAUUUGAUCUCAUAGAAGAAGAAAAUAAUAGCAAAAAACUUGUCGAUUAAGUUAGCUAAAAACUUAAGAACGUUGAAUCUUAAGAUGAUAAAAAAAACAAUUUUGACUAAUAUGUUGUUUCAUAAAAAGAAGUUUUACAAAAGUUAAAUUUAGACAACGAAUCAAAUGAAACUGAGAUUCAUAUUUUUAACAUAACAAAAGGAGAUUAAUUUAAUGCAUAAGUUAUGAUUAUCAUGCCCCUUAGCACCUUGGUUUAGGAACCCACGAUCAGAAUUAUAUCAGCAUCUAUCAAAUCAAAUAGUUUAGCAAAGACUGCUUUAACAUCUUUAUUUAAUAAAGAUUUAAUCAUACAAUAAGAGAAUAAAGGUGACAACUAACAACAAUAAAACACUCAAUUCUAUAACAUAGGUAGUUUAAUAAUAAAUUAAAUUGAAAGCGAAAUGAAAUCAAUUUAAGAAUUAAUGCCCGAAUAAAAAUUGAAUAGUUAAAAAGUAAUAUAAUUUGCAUUAGUAUAUCAGCUAAACAGACUCAUUACACUAUUUGAAGUGACAAUUAAUCAUUAUCAAUAAUAUAGCAAUUUAGUAAGCAAAUGCUUCAUGAAUACCCCUUAUGAUAUUUUAGACAUUUGA